AUGAUACUGCCAUUCUCGCUGGGAUGGCUCUUCACGGGCAGCCGAUGCGAUGAAAGCUACGGAAAAGAGGAUGCUCUCUUAUCAGAGUCCAAAAUAGCUGAUGUUUCGGGGUACGUUGUGUUUGUUGCCCCGCUUGUCUGGGACUCUCUCAUUUUUCAGACGUAUAUCAAUGGGCGGUCGUACUCUAAGGCCGUAGACAUCAGCAAAGAGAUCGUAAACGAGAACAUUAAAGGCCUGAAAAAUAUUAUCAAAAAGCAGCAGACUUUUAAAUCAGACAUAAAAAGAUUCUUGAGAAUGUACGAGAGAGGACACAUUGAAAGCUGCCCCAAGAGAAACAAGCUCUUUACGGGAAUGCACGAGGUGAUCCAGGAGGAAGAAAUGCAGAAGAAGAGCAUAGAGCCUGUUAUUGUCUUCAUCAACAAGCUCUCAGGACAGGCAGAGAUGAUUAUGCGAGAGAACAUCUACAAACUGAUAAAAGCAGUGGAAAAAGAGAAAGACGGAAGCAUUUGGAUAACAUACGGAAACGUCAUUGACAAGGCUCUGCGAGCAAUGCGCGAAAACACGUCGGUGAAGAACAGCCUAGACAUAACCAUAAAAGAGUUCAACACAAAGAUAUCGCAGAUUUUACUGAAUAAGGAAACAAACAGAAUAGACUUCAACAUGGAGAAAGCUCGGUUCAAUUUGGGAGGCACAAUAUACAGCCCAGGCCUGCUGGAGCAGAUAGCUGGCAAGCUGGAUGACAGCGAUAAAGACGUUUUUGUAGAAAAACUUGUUCGGGCUCUGAUCAGCCCCGUGCUGAGCCUAAAGGCAAAAGUAUCGGGAUAUACGCCCGAGAACAUCAAGGAAGAGACAAUAAAAUACAUAAAGUCAGUGACAGGCGUGAUUGAGGUGUAUUCGCUGAAAAAAGAGAUAGACGAGGCGCAGGACAUGAGAUCUCAGUCCAUAUGCAGGAGAACACAGAGGAUAGCAGAUAAAAAGCCCAUAUCACACAAAAUAGACGAAGUUCAGAUGAAAAACACGCAGAGAAUGCUCAGGGUUCUUCAGGAAGCAGAUCCAGCUCUCUUCAAAGAUUUUAUCACAAUGGAUACAAACAUUGCAAAAAAGUACGUGGAGUAUAUUAGAACGGGAGGCGGCGACAAAAAGUUAAAACAAGAAAUUGAACUAUUCUUUAAUCUGCGCUAA